CGGCCAGCAGACGAGGCGGCCGAGAUACGCUUCAUCUUCCUCCUCCACAUGACAUCCAAAGGAGUUGACUUUCGCCUCCUUAUUGUUCAAUCUCAAUAUUAGUUGGUCCUCCCCAAAACUGUCCAUCACAUCACAGACGACUUCUUCGUUGGGAAGUAGAAGAGAAAGAGAGAGAGCGCGCGCGAAGGCCCCUUCGGUUUUCGGCAACCGGAGAAUCGGAAAAUGAAUCAGAAUGUGAGCGCUCUGGUGAUAGGGCUGGUCGGCGCCGCCAUCACUUUGUCCGCUUAUUCGCAGACUAUGAUCUCUCCCACUCAAUGCGUCGGAGUAGGACUUCUGGUGCUCGUCUUCGGUCUUCUCGUCCGGGAAGGUCUCAUCUCUCUCUAGCGGCCUUAAGGGUCUGUUUGGGGUCCAUGUCCCUCCCUUCCUCCCUGCUUUUUGCCGUGAACUUAACUCAAUUUCCUUGCCCUUUUCAGUUCACUUUUCUGCAAUCAAAAGAUUAGUUCGUUAUUGCUUCGA